CACUGCCAGGAGUUAAUAUGGUUCACGUCACGUCCGCCCUUACUUGCCUGUAAGCAGUAUGGCGGAAGUGGAGGAGCAGCUGCCUCUCUCUCCUCAGGACGGUAGCCGAAGCGAGUGUGGAGAAGAGCCCCCGGAUAGGGGAGCUGUGGUGGGGGUUGCCGAGCCGGCUCCCCCUUCAGCCGGCUCCCCGGUGACCGAGGAACCUGCCGAGGACUCCAAGAAGAAAAUUGACGUCCUGCUGAAGGCUGUGGGGGACACGCCGAUCAUGAAGACCAAGAAGUGGACCGUGGAGAGGACCCGUACCAUCCAGGGGCUCGUUGACUUCAUCAAAAAGUUCCUCAAGCUGGUGGCCUCGGAGCAGCUGUUUAUAUAUGUGAAUCAGUCCUUUGCUCCUUCUCCAGACCAGGAAGUCGGGACACUCUAUGAGUGUUUUGGAAGCGAUGGCAAACUUGUACUGCAUUACUGCAAAUCUCAAGCGUGGGGAUGAAUGGUAAGCAGCCGUUGAUGCCCAGGACUGGCCUUCAGAAAGGAAAAGGCCUCUGAUAAUCUUCAGAAACAAUGCCCAUGGACAUGCUGAAGAGAAUUGUAUAUUACUGCCUAUGAAUUUAUUUUAUUCUGUGCAUUUAUCUACAAAAUGAUGCAGAUGACUUGCAUAAAAGAAGAGCUACAUAGAAUUACGUGGCUGAGUAGCCUUUCUUCCUUGUGUCAUUUGUAGUGGGGGGGAAAAAAUUGCAUGUGCCAUCCGUAGAAUAGAGCCAUCUUUCCUGCUGCAGAGCUCCUUGGUUGCCACAUAUGAAAGGACAUUAUUUCAUGUCUUGUGAACUGCAUAACUCCAUUGCUCUGAAUACUGUAUUGAGGAUAUAGCUUUCCUUUAUUAGGAAGGAUACUUAUUGCACUUGUGCACGGGGAUUCAGUUUACUUCUGACAUAAUGUUCAUCUCUAUUAUGUGCAGUUUAAUCUCUUACCUGUUGUGAAGCCUUUACUUUGAAUGUGUAGUGUCUCACUUACGCCUCACUUCAGGCAAGUAUUUUAUAGGUUUGUCUCAUAAGUAACAUAUAUAAACAGUUGCACACAAGGUAAAAGGAGUAUUUUCAUACUGUAUACUCUCUCACACCUUAAGCUAUGAGAGUAUUUGAUACAGCUGCGUUUCCUGAACUUUUUUUUUUAAUUUUUCCCUUUAGCAAUAGCAGGACACAUGUUUCUUACCUUUUUCCUAAUUGUUUAAUAUUUUCACCAAAGCUAUAAUAUACUUGGAAAAAUGUCCCUGGCAGCUCUCACCUACCAGCAACAGCAGAAAGAGAGUGACCCAGCUAUUGACUCUUUCAGUUUCAUGGAAAUAAAUGUUGGAUGUCUAAAGCCUACUGUAAGCAUACUUCCACUUAUGCUCCUCGUCCCCUGCUUCACCUGCUGUAUUGUCACUGUUCCAUCAAAAGAAAUGGAACACCACUUUGGGAUAUUUUGAUAACUGUCACAAAGUAAUCACAGGAAAUGGUUCUCCUGAAAAGGACUUCCUAUCACCAUAACGGGAAGAAGGAUACUGAGUCUCCAUCCCACCCAUGCACUGACAUCUACCCUGUGUGGGAAAGGAGACUUGCCAAACAGCUCUGUUUAGGGGAUGGGCAAAGGCUUAAUCAGGUUCCUCUACCAAAUCACUUCUCCUUUUAUUAACAUGAAGGAAAACUAAAGAAUUAUCCGCAGUCUGCUAAUCUAUUAAUAUGUAAUUGUAAAUUUAGCUGCUUGCUAAUAUAUGCUACCCAAAAAUGUGGCUACAACCUCUGCAUGCAUAAUUUUUGUUCUAUUUAGGAUGUUUUAAUAAACUCGGUAUUUCUUUUUUCAUGUUGAAAGCUAAA